AUGUCAGAAGAACGGAACGAUCUAUUUAUGAAGCAAAGACUUGCUUUUGUGAAACUACUUGUGGAUUCCGAGCCAGAAGAAACAUGGCGUCUUUUUUGUCAGGCGCUUCCAGAAAUCACCGAUGAACAUUUAGAUGCUUGGAGUCAAUCGUCUCAGAAGAAUAAGAUCAAGGAAACAAUAAACAAUGAACCACAAGACGUUCCACCCACUGUCAGUGGCACUGGCAAUAACUCCAAUCAAUACUCUCACACGUUGACAACAAUUGGUGGCGAUAUGCUCAAAGAAAUUGUCGAACUAGUCGACAUCAAGACCAAGAAAGCGCUGCAAUUGACAUGUAAAAAAUUACUGAAUUUCAUUGACGAAAACUGGAAACUGAACGAAGUGCACAUUCAUUUGGAUUAUCAUAAAGUCAAAGUUCGAAUUCUAUCUUUUGGUAAAAAAGAAGAACUCAAGUUUAACGAUAGAAAAAGAAAACUUCAAGACGACGACCAGGAAUCGAAUUCAUCUCAGAAAUGUUUCCUUCAGGAAACAGCCGACAAGUUUGAGGAGAUUAUCCAAAACCCAAAGACACAAUUGGGAAAGCUGUUUAUCACCUGCACUAACAAAAAUGACAUGGCAAAAAAACAAGAAAAACUUUUGCAUCUUAUUUUCGACAAAAUCAAAAAACCUAUCUGCGUUGAAUCUCUCAAAAUCGAUUUACCUUGUUCAAAUGCUCUGGAGUCUAUUUUGAGAAAAGUGAAAGUGGGAAGUCUCACCGAAUUGCGAUUGUAUCAUUUUUCAACAGACGGAUCUGACGAUUCUGCCGUGACGAAUAUUAUUGAAAAUCGACAUUGGGUUCACAUCAAAAAAUUUACUGUGAUUGGAUGUGCUCCAAAUUCUCGAAUGAUUGCAUUUAAAGAUAUGGCAACAAUUUCCGUCAGAUAUAUCAAAAAUGUCACAUUGGAUGAGAUAUUAGAAUACAAAAAUGCGCUAUUAAUUGGACAAGGUCAUCUAAGACACACGUUUUACGGACGGUUCAACGUGGAAGAAAUAGCCGAAAAACUGAUGCCUUAUGAGGAAUUGGGAGAAAUCAACAAAACAAAAGGAAUGUUUCGGCGUGAAGACGGCACACAACUCGAAUUUGAACUAACAGAAGACGAAAUAUCUUUUUCCGGCUAA